UAGCGUCACCUUCAGGGAGCGACGUAUUCAUUUUCAAAGUUAACAAAACAUGCAGUUAAAAAGUCAAAUAUCUUAACUCUGGUAUAAAUUACAGUUUCUUAUUUCCACUACCUUGUUUAUCAUGGAGAGUGAUGAACGUUUGAAUGACUUGCGGCUUCAGUUCCAAGAGCUGCAAAAACAGCAAGAAAAAAGAAAGCUGGAAGGAAAAAAGAAAAAAGAACCCAAUAAUUUAAGUGUGACAGGUAAUCAGGAUGAUUUAAAUCUGUCGAAGCAAGUCGUUCAGGAAGACAGUCCUGAAGAAAGUCUGUCAAAGCAGCAGGAUGAGAUCCUGUUAGACCAAAUUCGAGAGCUCAGAGAUGCAAAUGGGAGGCUCUUCAAACUUCUGAGUGAAAAGGACUUUGAGAUCAAACAUCUGAAGAAGAAAAGAGAAGAAGAAAGACUAGCAUUAACAGGUUCAUCAGGCUUAGCAGGAGCUGUAGCUGCCACCAAGAUUGUUGAGCUGUCCAAGAAGAAUAGAGAGCUGACUGCAGAAAUUGAGAAAGAGAAGACUAGAUCCAAGCAAAGCAGCAAUAGGAUCAAAGAGCUCGAGAUAGAGCUGCAGUGUGCUUUGGAGAAUGUUGUACCUGGAGAGAAAACCACACAAAAAACCCUGGAUAAGAGCUUGUCUGAAGACCAUGAGGAAAACCCGCUGGUCAAGUCUCUGCAAGAAAAAUUAGCAGCUGCCCAGCUUAAAGUGACAGAAUAUCGAAACCAGGUUCAGUCUGCAAAACUGGAGCUGAAGGUUGCUCAGAAGGUUUUAUUGAGUGAAGUUGGAGAAGAGAUCAACCUUCAGCAGAUGCUCAACAACCCUGGGAGCUUUAGAGGCCGGUCGCAGCAGAUUCUUGCUCUUCAAACAAGAGUGCGGGAGCUAGAGCAGCAGCUGUGCCAGCAAAGACAGGCAGAUGUUCAGAGUGUGGAGCAGGAUUUGUCUGGUACUGCGGCCCAUCAUAAACCCUCUGCCCAAAAUAGAAACCUCAACUACAUCCGUACCAGAGAGAAGGAAAAGAGGGAGGCAUUUGAGAGGAUCUCAGCUGAUCACGAGGGGCUCUUGAAAGAACAUGAGGAUGUGAAGAAAAAGCUUGAAGCCUCUAAAGCUAGGAGCAGAACUCAAUCAGAGGAAAUCAAAACUCUGAAAAUGCAGAUUUCCUCCUUAUUAGAGAAGGGGAAACAUGACACUGGGCUUGUGGAUGCCCUGCUGAAACAGCAGAGCCAGAUGCAGGCAGCGCUGAAGCAACUCGGCCAACAGCAGAGCACACAGAUCAAGAGCCACAAACACAGCCCAAGACAACAGCUGGACAGUGGGCCCCCAGAGAACAAAUGCCUCAUCCAGAAACUGAAGCUCCUGGUAGCAGAGAAAGACGCUACAAUAAAAGAGCUGCGGGAAAGGCAACAACUUUCCAACAAGCAACUGAAGGAAGAGAGUGUGGACAGACAAUUAAGCCCUAAAAUAAAAAGCUGCAGUUCAGGAAUCGACCCUGAAGAUGGAGACAGUGUCACAAGAAUUCCAGCAGAUUCAGUCUCUAAAUUAGGCCAUAAAUUGGUAAUUGCAUCUGUGGGAGGUGAGAUGGAAUUCAAAAGUCAUUCAAAGUGUCCGGGUUGUUCUGCGGAUGUGAGUGCACUGAUCACCCAGAGCAGUGCGUAUAAAGUCCUCAGCGUGGAGAAGGACCGCCUCCUGGAGCUGGUUAGGCUUCUACAGAUCAAAGAGAAAGACAUGAAACAAAUGUGUUUGGAGGCAGAGAAGAAGUACCAAGAGGAGCGACGCAAAACGUUGAUGCUGGAGCAGCAGUUAGAAAGGGCGUGAACAGAGUAAAGGACUCUGCGUCGAGCACGGGAAAGAUAAGGGCCAGUAUGACCAGGUGGGCAUUCUGCUAAAAAAACGUUUUCCCAGGGUUCAACUCCAGGGGUUCCAAGGGUUUUCUAGCAUACCUUUGUUCAACUCAACCUUGUCUGUCUCACUCAAUGCUGUCAUUACUGUUCCUCAGGAGAAAUAGGGCAAGAGCUACAAGGCAGAAAAAAAACAGACAAAUCAAACUCUGGAAUGUGAAUAAAUUUUACCUUGCAAUCUUA